ACUGUUUUGCAUUUUAUUCGACAUAGAAAUUAUUCCUACUUUUUCAAUUAUUCCUCCUUAAAAUGGAUGCCUUUAUUUCUGCGAUCCCGAAUGAAAAACGAGAGAUUUUUGAACAAACUACGAAAUAUGUCAACGAUCAUUUUGACGGAGUUCUCAGGUGCAAAGAAACUGAAUGGAAGGGACAUCGUUUUCUUCCUGGGUUUGAAGCAGAAACUGCAAAAUAUGCAUACGAAGAACUGGAAGUGGAACAAAAUUCAGUAUUUCUAGCAUCUUACCCCAAAACUGGCGUCAAUUGGACAUCAGGGAUUGUAAGUCAAUUAUUAUAUGGACCGAAUGGAUUGAGGAUGUUUCCACCUUUACAAAAGAUGGAAGUAGCCGAUGCAUCGAAAUUUCAGCUGCUGGAAUAUCUGCCAGUUCAUCCUAAAUGUUUCGAAACUCAUUUACCGGAAAAUCUGGUGAACAUAAAAAAAAUUAAAAAGAGUGGGGGGAAGAUUAUUGUCAUUCUACGCAAUCCUAAAGAUCAAGUUGUUUCCUGGUAUCACUUUUGCAAGAAUGCACCCUUCAACGACGCCCGAUACGCCUUCAGUCUGGAUUGGCCACAAUUUUUCUCGGACUAUGUGCAGGGAAAGCAAAUAACCUUCAUGAAAGAUGGAGAAUGGUAUCCUGAUCAUAUACUGGGAUGGUAUAAACACAAGGAUGAAGAUAAUGUCAUGUUCAUUUAUUAUGAAGAUCUGAAAAGGAACACGAAACAAGAAAUUAGGCGUUUGGCAAAGUUCUUAAACAUUGAAGUUGAUGAUAAGAGAGUGGAGGAAAUAGAAAAUGCGACUACGUUUAGUGUCAUGAAACAGACAUCUCCUCCAAAUCUUUUGAAAUUGAAUCUAUUCAGAAAAGGAGAAAUCGGAAACUGGAAGGAGCUGAUGACUGUUGCACAAUCGGAAUUGAUGGACAAAUUGAUUGCAGAUAAAUUGGGGCAUACUGACAUCAAAUUUAUUUACGAAAUAUAGUAACAUUGUCACACUUUUAUUCAUAAAUUGAUUAAUGAUUUUACUAAACCUUUCAUACAACAUUGCAGAAAACUAAACUGCCAAUACAUGUUUUACGGUAGUCAAGAUUAAGUUUACUAGCCCUCAGGUCGUAUUACAAUGACCGGCCAGUUUCAAUAAAAUUUAUUUCAGUGUCACAUUGAUUGAAAUCUUUUUAUUCGUUUUUACUUUAUUAUAUAUAUAAACCGUUUUUGCUGUUUGAAAGGCAACCAAGCAUAUAAUGCUGUUGUUAUUAAAGCAUUGACAUAGCGGCAUCACCGUCACCUAGCACUCAAACUGUAUCACUGAAGAAUGUGACAUAGGAUUGGGGAUAGGCGUUAAGGCGCUGCCGAAAAGAACCAUUUUCGUUGAUACAACUAGACAAACAAUAUCAGAAGAAAAAUAUUGCUCAGACACUUUCUCACAUUUGAAAAUAUCUCUAUAUAUAUAUCUUAACAGUACUGCCAUUUAGUUAAUUCCCAAACAUUUAACCCCAUACCUCUGUAAUCAGCUAUUCAUCUCAUAUUAUUUAGCUUUAUUGUUAUAUCAUUCAAAAAUUAUAACAUGUACAUAUUUAUCAAUACAGAAUACUAUAAAGUGUGAA